GGGUAGGAACUAUUUGUCGCGGAACGCUUGAAGGGUUUGUUGUUCCGGGCUGCUUUUUGAGGCGCACAGUUGAUGGCGACCAUCUAGCAAUUUCUAGUUAACUAGCAGUUUGUGAACGCGCUGUUUUAAAGAAAAUAGUCUGCUUUAUAUUGAUCAAGUCAUGGGAAGAAGCAGGAGCCGAACACCGCCACGACGAGAGAGACGGCGCUCACGCUCGUCCUCGCGAGAUCGUGAGAGGAGGCGCAGGGAGCGCGAGAGGUCCCGGUCCCGCGACAGAGACAGACGAAGGUCACGCUCACGUUCCCCCCACAGACGCAGAUCCAGGUCUCCACGGCGACACCGCUCCUCCUCCCUAUCUCCAUUGCGGCAGAAGGACAGACGGGAUGAUGACAGGAAGGAAGUUAAGGACAAACCAGCAAAGGUCCAUCAGAUAUCAGCUGAGGACAUGCAAGGAAAGACUGAGGAGGAAAUAGAGAUGAUGAAACUGAUGGGCUUUGGAGCCUUUGACAGCACAAAGGGCAAGAAGAAGGAGGGAUCCAAUGCUGCGUUUGCAUUUAACGUGUCGCAAAAGAGAAAAUACAGGCAAUACAUGAACAGGAAAGGUGGUUUCAACAGACCUUUGGAUUUUAUUGCCUGAUGGAGUCGUCAGUAACCACGUUUUAACGACUUUGAUGUCUUUGUGAUUAAAUGUAUAUUCUCUUUUCUUCCCCGGGUUUAUGUAAAUCUGUGUUUCAGCAGUUUUUCCAUCUGUUUUGUUUUUCAGUUAAUGGCUGUAAUGUAAGCGUCAGUUUAGUUUGUAGGAGCAAAUAUUAAAAGGAUUUGAUGUUGCGAAUUGAUUGCCUUGUAUACCUUAUUUAGCAGUACUGAAUAAAUGGGAACUCAUUAUGAAUA